UACAAUGAUAGGAAAAGAUAUAGAUCAAUGACUCUUUUUACUUGUGCCUCCAAAUUAAGGUUCACCACAAUCACUGAUCAUAUUCCUUAACCCAACUUUUCUUGCGUGUUUCUUAACAAGGGUUUCAAUUGGAAAAUGGCCAUGGCCGCAGGUAAUAACAACCCAAUUGUGUUUGACCCAUCCACUUCUAUGUAUUUGGUGUCCUGUGAUGGACUAACCAUUGAAACAACAAUCACUGACAAAUCAGGCAUAGUAGAUAAAUGGAUUCAAGUCGUUUCAUCAACAUAUGCAGGAAAACAAAGGAUAGUUGGAUUAGACACUGAAUGGACGACUGCCAAAAAGCCCAAGAUGAAAGUUGCAAUUUUGCAACUGUGUAUUGAGAACAAGUGCCUGAUCAUUCAACUGUUCCACAUGGACAAUAUUCCCCAGUCCCUAAGGAGCUUUUUGAUGGACUCUAACUUUGAAUUUGUUGGUGUUGGAGUGAUCAAUGAUCUUAGGAUGCUUAAGAAUGAUUAUGGGUUGGAGUGCAAUAAGGGCAUAGAUGUUUCCCUCUUGGCAAAGGAAAAAUGGCCUCAUCGGAUUUCUUCUGGAGCACUGAAAUAUCUGGCAAAGGAGUUGGUAGGUCUUGAGAUGGAGAAGUCAAAGGCUGUAUGCACCAGUGAAUGGCAAUCAAAAGAGCUGACCCAAACACAGAUUGAAUAUGCGUGCAUUGAUGCCUACGCUUCUUUUAAGAUUGGUAAAAUGAUCCUAAAUCAAGAUUAGUAGUUAAUUUUAUCCCAUCUCUUUGAAAAUUUUCUUUAUGUUUUAUUUAUUACUUAGUUUUUGGAUCUGUCUAUGCCAAUUCUUGGGCAUAUAUGUUGCUGCUUUUAUUGUUUUUUGCCUUAGGAUUUUGAUAACUUUCUGUCAUGGGUGUAUAACCAAAUAGUAAUAUAUCAUGAAUCACAUUUCUAUUUGUUUACUGUUA